CAAGUUUUUUUUUUUUUAGCUUUUAAUAGCCGUCCCAAUAUUUCUUUUCACAGCAAAACAAUGUCGUCGUCUACAAUCUCCUUCCUUCUGUUACUUUUAGCGACGACCUUCAUAUCCUCAACCACCGCAAAACCCCACAUAAUUAAUUUCCACUCACCAAAUCUCUAUCCAGAAGGCCUCACCUACGAUCCCGCCGCACAACACUUCAUCGUCGGCUCUCUUUACCACCGCACUAUCCACUCCGUUUCCGACGCCGGCAUCGUCGAAACCCUAAUCUCAGAUCCCUCCCUUCCUCCAAACUCCACCGUUUUAGGCCUCGCCGUUGAUUCUCGCUAUAACCGUCUCCUCGCCGUCAUCCACUCCGCCCCUCCUCUCUCUCCGUUCAAUGCUCUCGCCGCCUACGACCUCACCUCCCGCAGCCGCCUCUUCCUCUCUCUCCUCCCUGAAUCCAACGACGUCGCCGACAAACUCUCCGUCGCUAACGAUGUCGCCGUUGAUUUCAAAGGAAACGCUUACGUCACUAACUCCGGUCAAAACCUAAUCUGGAAAGUUAACAGUCACGGAGAAGCCUCAAUUUUCUCCAGAUCUCCGUCAUUCACGGAGUAUCCUAUUGCCGUUGACCAAAACUCAUCAUUUAGUGACUGUGGUCUAAACGGAAUUGCUUACGUCAGCAAAGGUUAUCUCCUCGUAGUGCAAUCCAACACAGGCAAGAUGUUUAAGGUUAACGAAGAUGACGGUCGAGCCAGGCCGGUUUUGUUAACGGAGGAUCUACCGUUAGCGGACGGAAUAUCUCUUCGUAAAGACGGCGUCGUUUUGGUUGUUUCCCCAAAUAAACUGUGGUAUAUAAAAAGUGAUGACAGUUGGAGUGAGGGUGUGGUUUAUGACCAAACUGACCUCGAUAUCGAGAGAUUUCCUACUUCAGUCACUAUAGGGAGAGAGGACAGGGCUUAUGUGUUAUAUGGGAGUGUUUUUGAGGGUAUGAUGGGAAAUGGAAAAAGGGAGUGGUUUGAUAUUGAGGAAGUUAAUUCGGUUAAGGAGAGUAAAGAGGAGAAUAUUUGGAUAUUUGUUUUGAUUGGUUUGGGUUUUGCUUAUUUUUGUUUUUGGAGGUUUCAAAUGAAACAACUUGUUACUAACUUGGAUAAAAAGAAUGGUUAAUUUGUUGA